UUGAGCUGUGGUUUGGCGAAGGCCUCGAAGGGGACUGGUGAUGGCUCCUGGGCCUGGCAGAUCCCAAAAGAAGGCAUCCCCUGAAAGCAGUAAUAACUGUGCGUUACAAACGUCGAUGACCUCAGCGGUUAUAAUUCGAUUUUCAAUUCAACUUAUUUAUAAGGCACCAAACCACGGUGACAGAUACCUCAAGACCCCACGAUGAUGUCUAAAGGAAAAACCCAACAAUCAUAUGACCGCCUAUGAGCAAGCACUUUGGCGACAGUGGGAAGGAAAAACUCCCUUUUAACAGGAAGAAACCUCCGGCAGAACCAUGCUCAGCGAGGGGCGGCUAUCUGCCGCGACUGGUUGGGGUGAAAGAAGGAGAAGAAAACAAAGACAACGCAGGAAUGCUGAGUGACAUCACCACCCAAAGAAGAGGAAAGUAAUUGGUGGCAGGCUAGCGAGCUGAACAGCUCUCAAUAAGGUAGUCAAGGAUUCCAUGGAGUGGAGUGGAUGAGCUCGGACAAUUAGGAUGGAAUGGCAGGAGAAGAGAUCAAAGGAAAUUGCAAAAAACGGAAAUCUUAAUAGAUGAAUGAGGGGAACCCUCGAUCAGGUAAGGCUUGAUGGCUCGUAAAGCUUGCAUGAGCUUGUCUUUAAGUAGAAGAUGGAGAGGGGGUGCUUAGCUGGUUAAUUACUUCAGAUAAGGUAGCGCUUAUUUGUGCUUAUUUCCGAAAUUAACAGAAGUGACAGCAGCUUGGGAAGGGUUGUUGAACUGAAAGACUGAUUGGAGGAAAGUUGUCUUCUAUAAUAAUAACCCCCAAAAUCAUCAGAGAGCAGAGUGCGAGUCCACUGAACUUCAUGGGAGAUGAUAAGCUGUUUAGACGUAGUUGGAACAGUGAGUCGGCUUAGAGAGUGCUCUCAAAUGACUGUGUUGAGGGUGGAUGCUAGAUGAUGCUGGUGAAAGCACAUGAUAAGUGAAGGGAUGCCGUAAAGAAUUAUGCGCAUGGUGCAGUUUGGAUGUCUUAAAAGGAGCGAUAGAGGACAGAACCUGGCAUCCCAGUGCCACAAAGGUUUGCCGAUGCUUUGCGAAGGUAGGAAAGAUGGCAGAGAAACUGGCAUCUUGGUGCCAGAACGGUUUGCUGCUACAUCUUGUGGAAGACUGGAUGAAACGGAGAAAGUGGCAUCCUGUAGAGAGGAAUGCAUCUCGGUGCAAAGAGCUUUUUCUGCAUUUGCAAAUGAGGAAUGGAAAUAGAGAACCUGGCGUUUUGGUGCCAAAAGGAACAUCUGCUGCUUAGCAUAUGAGGGCAAGAAGGGCAGAGAAGCUGGCAUCCCAGCAGUAGAAGGAUUCACUGCUGCUUUUGCUGUGAUAAAUGCAGAGAAAUUGGCAACUGUAUAUUAGAAAGCUUGCUGCUGAGUUUGCGAAUGAGGGACAAAGAAGAACCAGCAUCUUGGCGCCAAGUUUGCUAUUGCAUUUGCAAAGGAGGGAUAGAGGAAGAGAAGCUGGCAUCCUGGUGGCAAAGCUUGCUACUGUAUUUGCAUAGGAGUGAUAGAAGAAGAUAAGCUGGCAUCCUGGUGCCAAAGCUUGCUUUUGUAUUAGGAUAAGAGGGAUAGAGGAAGAUAAGCUGGCAUCCCGGUGCCAAAGCUUGCUACUGUAUUUGCAUAGGAGAGAUAGAGGCAGAGAAGCUGGCAUUCUGGUGCCAACACUUGAUACUGUAUUCCACAGGGAAGAUAGAGGAAGAGAAGCUGGCAUCCCGGUGCCAACGCUGCUACUGCAUUGGCAUAGGAGCAUAGAGGAAGAGAACCUGGCAUCCUGGUGCCAAAAGCAUGCUACUGCAUUUGCCAAUAUGGGAUAUGGGAAAGGGAAACUGGCGACUCGUUCAUAGAAAAGCUUGCUGCUACGAUUGGAUAUAAGGGAAGGACCUAGCAUCCUGGUGCCAUGAAAGCAUGUUGCUGAAUCUUGCGGAGGACAGAUGGAGGGAAGGGAAACUGGCAACGCGUUGGUAGAAGGCUUGCUGCUGCUUUUGUAAAUGAGGGAUAAAGGAAAACCUGGCAACCCAGUCCCCCCCCCCUUUUUCAUGCAGAGAAACUGGCCGUUUGCAAAUGAGAAGGAUUCGUUGCUGCUUUUUGCCAUGAUAGAUGCAGAGAAACUGGAAGUUCGGUAGUAGGGAAGCUAGAUGCCGCGUUGCAAAUGGGGGAUGAAGGAAAACCUGGCAACCCUGUGCCUUUUAAUUCUAUUUAUUUAUUUAUUUUGUCUAUGCUGAGAAACUGGCAACACGAUGGUACAAAAGCUUGCUGCUGCUUUUGCGAAUGACGGAUAAAGGAACCUGGCAACCCAGUGCCGAGGUUUGCUGCAGAGUUUAGCUGAAGAGGGAUGUGAGGAUGGGAACCUGGCAACUAGGUGCCGAGGUUUGCUGCAGAAUUUUGCGAAGGAGGGAUGAGCGGCUGAGAGCCUGCCAACUCGGUGCCGAAGCAUGCUGCAGUUGCUACGGAGGGAUGGAUAAGAUAGGAUAAGAUAAGACUUUAUUGAUCCCACGACGGGGAAACUUUUGCGGUGCCGAGGUUAACUGCAGAAUUUGCGAAGGAGGGAUGAGUGCCUGAGAACCUGGCAACUCGGUGCCGAGGUUUGCUGCAGAAUUUUGAGAAGGAGGGAAGAGACUGGAAACCUGGCAACUCGGUGCUGCAUUUGCUACAGAGGAAUGUAGAACUGGCGACUCAGUGCCUUUUUUUGUGUGUGUGUGCGUCUUUGCUGAGAAACUGGCAGUUCGGUGGUAGGAGCUUGCUGCUGCGUUUGCGAAUGGUGGAUAGCGAAGAAUCAGGCAUCCCAGUGCCAACUUGCUUAAGCAUUUAGACAAAGGAGGGAUAGAAAACAUCACAGCGAUGGAGAAACAGUAGAGCAUGGGGCUAGCGACAUAUUUCCAGCUUCCAUUAAAUGGUGUUAGGAGGAAGGAGCACAGAGCUGAGUUGUCCCUGCUACCUGGCAUUGGCAGGUGGGUGGAGCUAUGAAGUACACCGUAGCUUUUGCUGUUGGAGCUGCGAUUUGCUUGGAAGCGUGGGUACGGCGUGGCUUCUGGGUUCGGCGCUGACGUCUGUCAGCUUUUCGACUAACUCGCCCAGCCUGAGGCCCAUUUCAGAGCAACAUGAGAGGAGCUGUGGGUUCUGCUGGUGGGCGAUUCCGCUGGUUUUCGCUGAAGUGGCGGGCAUCCAGAGUUACUUCAUAACUGGAUUUAGUGGAGAUAAGACGACUGGAUGGAUCGACGUAGCAGACUGUAUGUCAGGUGGCGAGAAAACUGCUAGAAGGUCGUCAGCAUUCGGUCUUUCGGAAGCGCCACCGUGAGGUUUGGAGUGUUUCGUGGAUUGCCGGAGGAAAAGCGAUGAACGCAAAGCUUGAGUAGUUGCUCAUCUGAUGCGGGUGGUCUCUUAUCUCUUCAUCUCAUCUUCAGCUUCUGCAGAUUUUGACAUCAGUUUAGUCGGGUCAGCUCGGUGCUAUGGAAGAGUAGAAGUCUAUAACAGCACCAGCAGGGGAAAACUCUGUGAUGAUUCCUGGGUCUCAAAUGAUGCUACAGUGGUCUGCAGAGAGUUGAAGUGUGGGAAGGCACUGGCAAUCUCUCAGUCGGUCAACUUUAAUUCAUCAACAGAAGAAAUGUGGCUUGCAAAUGUGAACUGUUCGGGGCAAGAAACGUCUCUAACGCAGUGUCCUCAUGGAGCAUUUGGAAAAAAUGGCUGUGAACACAAUGAGGGUGUGGGUGUUGUCUGUUCAGAGACCCUGCAGCAGCCCAACAUCUCCCUGACAUCUCUUGAUGGUGUACAGGUCUGGGGUCCUAAUGCAGAUGCAGAGGUCACCAAGGGCCAUAGCUUUGUCUUUACCUGCUUCAUUAACUCAAGCCUCAAUCCAAGCCAUUUCAGGCUGAUCUUCUCCAACAUCCCACACACCAAGCCAGCUGUCAACAACUCAGCUUCCUUUAGUUUCCCUGUAGCUGAGUAUAAACACCAGGGCAACUAUAGCUGUGUGUAUCUCAUAACUCUGGAAUCACAGAACUUAACUUCUACCGAGUCAGCACCGAUUCAUGUCGUCAUCACAUUUCCUUGGCUGCUGCUGGUCUAUUUAGUAGUUCCUGCUGCGAUCCUGCUGCUACUGCUGGUCUUGAUGGUGGUGUGUCUGGUAAUCAGGAGACGACGAGCAAAACAACAUGAAGGCCAUGUCCAGAUGCAAAUUACUGCCACAAACCGUUAUGAAGAUGAUGAGGAGGAGGGGGAAGAGGAGAGGGACUAUGUGAAUGUUCAACCAGUGGACAGAAAAGAGACAAACGAAACACAAGAAGUGGAGGAAGACAAAACUGAUGAUCAUGAUUAUGAGAACAUGGAGAAUGAAGAUAAUUACAUAGGAUGCACACCGCUGUCUGUGAGUAUAGAGGACAGAGCAGAGGAAGACACAGAUGAAACCAGUGAUGAUGAUAAUUAUGAAAACAUGAAGGGUGAAGAUAAUUACAAAGGAUGCACCCCGCUGUCUGUGAGUAUAAAGGACAGAGCAGAGGAAGACACAGAUGAAACCAGUGAUGAUGAUAAUUAUGAGAACAUAAAGGAUGAAGAUAAUAAAACAGGAUGCACACCGCUGUCUGUGAGUAUAGAGGACAGAGCAGAGGAAGACACAGACGAAACCAGUGAUGAUGAUAAUUAUGAAAACAUGAAGGGUGAAGAUAAUUACAAAGGAUGCACCCCGCUGUCUGUGAGUAUAAAGGACAGAGCAGAGGAAGACACAGAUGAAACCAGUGAUGAUGAUAAUUAUGAGAACAUAAAGGAUGAAGAUAAUUACAAAGGACGCACACCGCUGUCUGUGAGUAUAGAGGACAGGGCAGAGGAAGACACAGACAAACCCAGUGAUGAUGAUGAUGAUGAUAAUGAAAACGACUAUGAAAAUGUAACGGAGGAAUAUGCCGAACAAACUGUAGACAUUUAUGGACAGGAGCAGGAAUUUUAUCAAAUCUUUUAGGUUUCCAAUGAUUAGUAUCAACCUGGGGAGCCAACAUAUGAGAACUACACAAGAAGAAUACACACAUCAACACUUUGAAGUCCUUUGAUCUUCUCGGUCUGAACUUCUAUUUCAUAGUGUGACAUGAAUCUAAUAUCUAAUAAAAUCUAAUGCAGUGUUUGUUAACUCAGCCAAGGCAGUUAUGUUUAUGUAGUGUUUAUGUGCGUGAGAGUCAUUCUGUCUGUAUGCACAAUAGCUUGAAAGGUUUUUAACAAUUUUUGAUUAAACCUUGUAGUGGUGUAGAACAGGGUCAUGUUAACAAUCCGUUAACAUGACCCUUACAUCCACCAAAGUCAUCAAAGUCAACUCAGUGAGUUAAAACUGUGGUGGUUUGGCCAGAUGCUGGUCGAUGUGUAAAAAUAAUGUUAUUUGGUGGUGUCUAUGGCGGAGCUUCCACAGAGGCCAGCGGGUGAAUGAGGGAAAGGUUGAGCUUGCGAGACUCAAGGCGGCCGCCGGUCCCAGUGUCAGGUGAACUGAACUCCAUUAGGAAGUUAUGACCUGCAGUCUAUCUGGGUCAGAUAUAAACCAAGUUUAGGUGGA